UAAAAGAAGUGAUUUUAGGGCCGGCCGGCUAUGUCUCUUCUUAUAAGUGUCUCUUGUUCCCAGUGAUGUGAUGGUAAAAGGAGAAAAUCGUUUCCUGUACGCGAAAGACCUGAUGCAACACCGCCAUUGCUAGGCUUAGUUAUUCGUGCUGAGACAGCCGGCACGAUUGGUUGAAGUUCGUGAGCGAUCCGAAGAAAAAGCGAAAAAGUUGGACACUUUUUGUGAAAUCGAAACUGUGUACAGUGCCGUCACAUUUUUGGCAUUCGUUACGACAUUUUGUGCGGUUGCAAGUUACGACAGUUACUUCAGGGCGAUUGACAGCUGGAGUACCCUGCGUUUUCAUUUCAUAACAACCAGCGAAAGCUAAAAGAACCGCAAGGAGAGCAUAAGAAAGCACGAACACCAGCAAGACGCCAAACAUGACGGUGGCCAUCCUGACCAGACGUGUGCUGGGCUUUAUGACUGUACGGCAGGUUCGAUAUUUCCGUACACAGUCUACAGCGAUGUUUUCGAAGGAAAACUUCGAUUAUGAUCUGGUGGUGAUUGGAGGCGGUUCCGGUGGGCUUGCCUGCGCUAAACAGGCCGUUCAGCUGGGAGCUAAGGUGGCGGUGCUAGACUACGUGCAGCCGUCGCCACGCGGAACCAAGUGGGGCCUCGGUGGAACCUGUGUGAACGUGGGCUGCAUUCCGAAAAAGCUAAUGCACCAGGCGUCGCUGCUGGGUGAGGCGAUCCAUGAUUCACAGCCGUACGGAUGGCAGUUUACCGACCCGGCCUCGGUGCGCCACGACUGGGAGAAACUGACCGAGUCGGUACAGAAUCACGUCAAGUCGGUCAACUGGGUGACGCGUGUGGACCUGCGCGACCAGAAGGUGGAGUACGUGAACGGGCUCGGUCACUUUAAGGAUGCGCACACGGUGGUGGCGGUAUUGAAGAACAAGACGGAACGCGAAUUGCGCGCAAAACACGUGGUCAUUGCGGUCGGUGGCCGACCCCGCUAUCCGGACAUUCCCGGUGCCCUCGAGUACGGCAUAACGAGCGAUGAUAUCUUCAGCCUGCCGCACGCCCCCGGCAAGACGCUGUGCGUUGGUGCCGGUUACAUCGGUUUGGAGUGUGCCGGUUUCCUGAAGGGACUGGGCUACGAUGUGAGCGUGAUGGUGCGAUCGAUUCUGCUGCGUGGCUUCGACCAGCAGAUGGCUACGAUGAUUGGCGACUCGAUGGUGGAACGCGGCAUCCGCUUCCAUCACCGCACACGCCCGCUAGCCGUUGAAAAGCAGGCGGAUGGGCGCCUGUUGGUGCGUUACGAGACAGCAACCGAGGACGGGCAGACACAGACGGGCGAGGAAGUCUUCGAUACGGUGCUGUUCGCCAUCGGGCGUCAAGCGGAGACAGGUACGCUGCACCUAGAGAACGCUGGGGUUGCCACGGCCGAAGGCGGCAAGUCGGAUAAGCUGGACGUGGCCAUGCCGGACCAUCAGACCAACGUCCCACACGUGCACGCCGUCGGUGACGUUCUGUAUCGCAAGCCGGAACUGACGCCAGUCGCUAUCCACGCGGGCCGCAUCAUUGCACGCCGGCUUUUCGGCGGAUCGGACGAAACGAUGGACUACCGCGACGUCGCCACCACCGUCUUCACGCCGCUCGAGUACGGCUGCGUCGGUUCGAGCGAGGAGGACGCCGAAGCGGCCCACGGCAAGGAUAACAUCGAAGUGUACCACGCCUACUACAAGCCGACCGAGUUCUUCGUGCCGCAGCGCUCCGUACGCUACUGCUAUCUGAAGGCGGUGGCGCUGCGCGAAGGCGACCAGCGCGUACUCGGUUUGCACUUCCUCGGCCCGGUCGCCGGCGAGGUCAUCCAGGGCUUCGCGGCCGCCCUCAAAUGUGGGCUCACGAUGAAGGUGCUCCGCAACACGGUCGGCAUCCAUCCGACGGUCGCGGAGGAGUUCACGCGGCUCGCGAUCACCAAGAGCUCCGGGCUAGAUCCGACUCCGGCCACCUGCUGCAGCUAAACUGUUUCUCCUUCACCUUGUAUCGCCUUUCCUCGGAAGACCAUCGUCCGUUCAGAAUAGUAAGGGCAUGUUAACAAUAAGGAAGGAAAAAACUCGCAAAACACGAAAUCAAUCACAUGAGUUUAGAUACAACACAGGGAAAGGCAAAACGAAGCAUGGAUAGACGAAACUUAAAUUUAUAAUAAAAGAUUGCUAUAAGAUAGCACCGAACACAGACAGGGACAGCUGCACAGGAAAUCAAAUCAACGUUUACAGGACAGACAGGUGUAGUGUGUGUGGCCCGGAGUGUACGAAAAGCGGAUACAAUUAGGUUUGGUUUCCUGCUGGUUUUUGUUUCUUCGUCCUAAUUGGCAUCAUUACCAAGGCUCAAUCAAAUUGAGCAUAUGUGAUCUACAAAGAAACAAGAAGACGAGAAUGUAGCAAGCAAAACACACUAUCCGCCCAUUCGCCGAUAUUUUAACUAGCUUUUCUCAAACAACACACCAACAAAAAACACUCAUUCAGGUAGGGGUCCUGAGCAGCGCUAGAAGAAAAACAGGCAGAAAAGCAUGGCAGAAAAGGACACACCCACGUAAUCGUUAUGACCUGUGUCCAGUUAAAUUUCGUUUCGUAUUUCAUAAUCAGUAUAAUUUCCAGCAUAUCCUCUGUUUCACGAAUGAAAUGAAAUCUUUAAUAAAAUAAUCACAAUAUAUCUCACAA